UCACUGUGGAGUGGAGGUCUCAUGCUCUGACACCAUGCUGCUACUGAUAUCACUGCUGCUUAUGGGACUCGACUGCUUGCUGGGAGCCCCAACAGGUCGAGAAGUCUACAGGAUGCCCCAGAGUGCACUCAAAGCUCUAUCUGAUCGUGGCACUGUGGUUCUAGAGGCGGCCAUGACUAGUGCCCUGUCUGCUAUCGAUCGAGCAUCAUCUGACAGAAGUCGGGCUGAAGCAGGCUGCCGUGGCUGUGUUCCCUGUUUGUUUCAGGACUGUGGACAGCUGUCUGGGUCCUGUUCAUCUCCUGCCAAUGCCUUAUCAGAGCCCAGCUGUGAUGUCAUCAGUAAAGCCCAGAAGCUUCAAGAUGAAGCUGAGCGAAGUUGGGCUCUGAGUCAGGCCUGUGCGUACUAUCAGCAUCGCUGCCCGUCUGGUGAACUGGACAAAGAGAGCUGCAUCAGGAUCAUGGGUGAGAGCUGCAGCGCCCGUGUCCUCCAGUGCAGCCUGCUGAACACAAUGCAGAACCUUGAGCCUGCAACUCAGACACAUGCAGAAGCAGCAGUGUGUGGUCAGAGGUCAUCCACGGUGCAAAACAUCACACAGCCUCGCUCGCGGAUCGUGGGUGGCUCGCCCGCUCCUCCCGGCAGCUGGCCCUGGCUGGUCAACCUCCAGCUCGAUGGCGGCCUGAUGUGUGGAGGGGUCCUGGUGGACAGCUCCUGGGUGGUCACUGCUGCUCACUGUUUUGCCGGCAGCCGCAGUGAGAGCUACUGGACAGCCGUGGUGGGGGAGUUUGACAUCACAAAGACUGACCCUGAUGAGCAGAUUCUCAAAGUGAACCGCAUCAUCCCUCAUCCUAAGUUCAAUCCAAAGACAUUUAACAACGACAUUGCUCUGGUGGAGCUGACGUCCCCAGUGGUCCUGUCUGGCCGUGUCACUCCAGUGUGUCUCCCCUCUGGCAUGGAGCCCCCUACUGGAAGUCCAUGUCUGGUGGCAGGCUGGGGCUCCCUUUAUGAGGAUGGCCCGUCUGCUGACGUGGUGAUGGAGGCCAAGGUGCCCCUGCUGCCUCAGAGCACCUGUAAGAGCGCCCUUGGCAAAGAACUGGUCACCAAUACCAUGCUGUGUGCUGGCUACCUCUCCGGAGGCAUCGACUCCUGUCAGGGAGAUUCUGGAGGCCCUCUGAUCUACCAGGACCGGAUUUCAGGUCGGUUCCAGCUCUACGGCAUUACCUCCUGGGGAGACGGCUGUGGGGAGAAGGGCAAACCUGGAGUCUACACACGGGUGUCUGCUUUCUCUGACUGGAUUCAAUCUGAGAUACAGAAAUCAUUUGGAAGCAGGGAGCCAACAUGUCCGGAGCUUCUGAAGACAACAGAAAUGACGGAGGAGGAACAGAGGUCAGAGUUCAGCUCUCUCUGUCGCUUCUACACCCUGACCUGCCCUCCUGGUCAGGCUGCCAGCGCUUGCAGCAGAAUGGCAGAGGACAAGUGCCUCACUCGCUUUAAGAAAUGUCAGCUGCGUUCGUUCCUACAAACCCUGUUGGAUCUGCUCCAGAGGGCUGAAGAUUACAUCCGGGACAAAGUCGACUUGACCUUCUUCACCCAGACUCUGCCUCAGCUGGUGGAGCACAUCUACAGCACAGCUUUCAUUCACACCAGAGAGAGGAGGGACCUGAGUCAUGGUCUCACACAGAUUGAAGAACAGCUAGGUGGAGCUGUAGUGCCUACAGAGCAGGGUCCUUCUCCAGCUCCUCCAGCCUUAUUCAGAGAGGUGGGACCCUCAGUGGACGACUGGGAGAAAUACCUGAGAAACAUGGCGGAGGACCUGGACAUACAACCCACGGACGUCUCCUCCACACUAACAAGACAGGAGGCCAAAUUUUUCCUACAGACAGAGGACUCCUCAGUACAUCAGCUGGAAGGAGAAUUUCAAUCUGUUAUCUCAGCUCUGCGCUCCAAGUUGUUCUCCAGAGCUGCUCCUCCCAUCCUGCACCUGGACACAAUCCACCUCCAGGAGUCUCCCAACAGUCCCCCUUUAGCUUCUUCUUCCACUGGAGCACCACCCUGA